ACUGCUGCGGCCCGCGCGUGCGGACGGUGGCGAGGCUCCCAGCCCAGCCCGCGGGAGGGGAGGAAUGAAUGACCGUCUCGCCGGGACCGGGGCCGGGGCCGGGGCCGGGGCCCAGGGAGGGGCGCGCGGGUCGCCCCCACGGCCCGGGGCGGCCAGGGCCCUUUCUGCGCGACGCGGGACGCCCGGCGCCACCUUGGCUUCUGGAGCCCCUCAUCCUGCGCCCGCAGAGGCGAGCGGAGCCCCGGGCCGGGCCGCAGAGCGGCACUGUGACUCGUGGGUCCGAGAGAAAGUGCUCUUUCUGAUGCACCCCGAGAGGUGGCUGGGGGCGCGGGGGGACGCUCCGUGGGAAGAGGUGGCCGGUGGCGAGGCCCCAGCCGAGACGCGCAGAGCCGACCCCGAGCCGGAGCAGGGCUGCGCCGCAGCGCGCUUUCCCCCGGAACAGAGGCUUCUCCCCGGCGCGCGGGGCGCCCCCGCCGCCGCACCCCGGCCGGUGCUCGUGCGGGUGGAGGACCACCAGGUGACGCGGGAAGUGCUGUGCACCGCGUGGAGGAAGGGGCGCAUGACCACGAAGACGGAGGAGCGCUUGGUAACCGCGGUCACCUUCCGCACUGGCGGGCAGUGAGCGGCUGUGGUCCGCCGUGUGCCUGCUGCACCCGGGUCCCCCCUGCCCGGCGCCCGCCGCGCCCAGGACCACUUCUGCGUCCCCAAGGACCUGAGCCUCACCGAGCGGAGGCCCCCAGAAAUGUUCCCGCCUGGAGGACAAGCGAGACUCCUUAGAAAAAAAUGCUCUUGGCUACAGCUGACCGACCGAAGGGUGCCCCCUUAGAAGGCGUUGGCGCGGCGCUUCGGGGAGACCACCGGUUUCCGAGAUCGCGGAGGAGCUGUAAGCAGCUGACACCCCAUUUGUGGCUUAAGUACAGUGAAGUUUUGGAGAAACCUAAAUCAUUAAGGAAAAGGCGGGGAAAGGUAUUUUCAAAGUGGCAAAAUGUGUAAGUUUUGAAAUGAGAACCGACCGCGGUGCAGCGCACCUGUAAUCCAGCACUCCGCAGGCGGAGGCGUGAGGCUUCCCUCCAACUGAAGACAAGAAGAUCCUCUGUCACAGUGACCAAAAUGGUAUCACCUCAUCAUUUAAAAAAAAAAAAAAAAAAACUGGAGUUCAACCACUUAGAUUGAGAACUGGCUGCAUCUCUCACUGUGUAACUUGGGUUUUCCUGAUCCUAGCUGGACCCUGUCAUCAUGUGGAGUCUGAGGAAACUUCUCCUGUGUCCUGGGAGUGAACCAGAAGUCAAACUUGUCUUUGAUACUAAGACAUCUCUGAGAAUGGCUGGGUCUUGGGUCUUUGAUCUUACCUCUACCUCAUGGAAAGACAGGAUCACCUAAAAACUGUAUUAGGUGGACGAGUCACAAACUUCCAGAAGCCACUUGGUCACUUUACUGUUAGUUGUCACGGUCACAUACAUGAAUCAAGCAAGUGUCCAUCUCUCAAACCCUUUAUUCAUGACUGAAUUGUCUUUGGUAUGCAUUACAUUUGAUUUGCUGCUCUUAUUCUUUUUGGAUAUAACCAGUGCUUGAUGCUAAGACUUGAUGUGGCUGUUUGCUUCAAAAAAGGAGAAAAAGAAGGAAAAGGAUUUUUUAAAAAAAUUUCAUUUUGAAAUGAGGUCUCUGGUUAGUUGCCCAGUCAGGGCUUGAACCUGCAAUCAUCCUCCUGAGUAGCUGGGAUUACAGGCAUUUGUCGCUGCCUGGCAAAGGUUUUCUAUUUAAAAAAAAAAAAUUACUAAUGCAGAAAUUUUCAAAGAAAUAUUUGUGAGGAAAAAGAAAAGAUAAAAGUACAGAAAAAAUUUAUCCCAGAUCUGUUAAUAUUUUGUAUGUUUUCAGCAUGGUUUUAUUUUAUUCUGUUACAUGCAUGCAUAUAUAUUUACUUACAUGUUCUAAGCAUAAAUUAUACAAAAAUAGUGCUCAGUGUAACUGCUUAAUUUCUGAGUAUUGUCUUUUUCUUUAUGCAAAUGAACGUUGUGAAAAAUGUGGUUUGUGAGCCAGCAACAAUGGACAUCUCCAGGAAAGUUUUUAGAAAUUCAGGAUCUCAGAUCUUACGCUACAUCUACUAAGUCCAAUUUUCCAUUUUGAAAAGUUCCCAAGGUGUUUUCAUUAUAGUUUAUAGUUUCAUUAUAGUUUAUAAUGUUUUCAUUAUAGUCUUGACAGCCAUCGUAUCCCUUAUAUAUACUUCAGUAGCUUACUUGGUCACUUAUCAAAACUAAAAAGGUUUUAUUUUUUCUGUAUUCCUCAUUACAGAUUAACAGUGCCUUGACACUAAUAAUUUAUAGAAUUACAGAAAUAUUUAUAGAGAUUGCAGAAGGAUGAUAUAUGACAGAUAUUUGUAAAUUGGCAAAAAAGAAGCAUCAUGUCUUUUUUAAGAGCCUUAUUCUGCAUUUUUUCUAAUGAAUGAUUGAUUGACUGUUAAGAGUUUAAACUAUGUAUUUCAAAUUUGUAGUUCUUUAAUUAUCUAAGAAUGUAAAUUAAAGUGUUCUCAAGACUCCUCAAGGGAGGAAGGACAGGAAGUCAUUAAAGACAGCACAGUUGCAUGGGCAGGAUUAGUCAGCCACUGCAGAUGAUUUGUGAGUGGGUGGGGGAGCCUAACUGAAUCACCUGGCUCAGGUAAGAAAACAAAGGCUGUCAAUCUUGAACAGCCUGAAAUCUAUGAUUGCAGUCAGUACUUUGCUCUUUAGUUGGGGAGGACCUACUUUACUUUUGUAGGUGAAGAUAAACAGUCCUGAUUACUGUGGAGUAAAGGACAAGUUCUUAGGCCCUCUUCAACCCAUAGCUAUCAAUAAAACUUGGUUAAUAAAACCAAUAAGACUUGGUUAUGUUUAAAGAAGUACAAAAGUCACACUCAGAUUUCUAGGUUUAAACCAGUGAAAGCCAGACAUGGUAAAAGGCCGUUAGUCCCAGGACUCUGGAGGCUGAGGAAAGAGGAUAGUGAGUUAGAGCCUGGCUGGAGUGCACAGCAAAUUCGAGGCUAGGCUAAGUUACAGAGCAAAACCUUAGUUCAUAUGAACAGGAUCAAGAACAGAGAGACUACCAUGUCACAAAAAAAUAGAACAAAGGUUGAGUGUUCAGAGCAGUGGAGUUAACCAGCAUCACUGCUCAGCUGGAAAGCAAGAUUGGUAUUUACUAGAAAAGCUUGACAUUCUCUUGGCUUGACUAAACUAGAUGAGCUGCCUCCUGACCGCAGCUCUCUGACCUGAUCUCCGUUAGGGUUUUAGAAAACUUUGCAUUUUGAAUUUCCUCUGCCCCUUGGAAAUGUAGCUCUUCCUUCACCCAGCUCUGUGCCAAUUUUGUAGCCCAAGAAUAUCUCAAGGACCUUUGUCCAUCCUUUUGAAGUAAAUCAUGGUAAGACACCAAAUUCCAGGUCUGUGGGAGAGUAGAGUAGAAACCCAAGUCUGUCUCCCUGAGCAAACCUGGUGGUCUAAUCACAUUGUCUAGUCUCCUCCCCCUAACAUUCUUUAGUACUUUUCAUUAGUUUUACCACAUUGCUUAAAAACUGUCACCAUUUUUUUUUUGAAGGCGUUGAAUUCCCCCAGUGAAGAGUCUUGAAUAAGACUUCCUUUGUUCAACUGUCCUGUGCAAUUCUUUAACAAUAAUGAAAAGGGAAAGCUUGAGGUUGGCUGUCCUUGAACCCUAUUGGCAGGAGGAAGCUGCAGUCUGUCUAUCAUGAAGAGCAACUGCUUUCAUGGUUGGUUUAGGGCUUUCUCUGCUGGGUCCUGAAUCAGAAGGGUGCAGAGACCACAGAAGCUGGCAUUCACCAGGUCCUAUACUGCACUGAUGGCUGAGGUUUCACUUCUCAGGCCAGCGGCCUCAGAAAUUGUAGGUUAGCCUUCUGUAAUAAAUAGCAUUACCCUCACAGGUUUUUAAGUUAAAUGAAAAGUACUUAGAAUAGUACUUGGAGGUAAAAUAAUCAGAGUUAGCUCCUAUGAUUUUUUGUGAUAGUGAUGCUUACAUAACAGUCAUGGCCCACCAUAGUGAUGGAACAGGCCGAAUUCUGAGCAACUACCUACCUACUACUUAUUAAAGGCAUAAUUUUUUUUCUUCUGGGACAGUCAAGGAUUUAAAUUUAUGAACCAUGACUCUUCGGCCUACAGACAACCCAAUAGAUAAGUAGAAACAGAACAAAGCUUGGCCAUUUUGUGUCCUUUGUUACCUUAGAACUUUGGGUCAAAUCCCUUCUCAGCUCAACAUUUGGGAAUGUCAUACUCCUUAAAAGACUGAAGACAUCAAGAUGCGAGAUUUCCAGAAAGAUUCGUCUUGGCUCAAAAAUCUCCAGCCAUUGCCCUGAACCUGUGGUAAUCUAGAUAGCAGUUGGGAGUUGAUAGUUAGAACAAAUUCUUAUUAAAACUUACUUCACGACCAUUAAAUGCUUCCUUCUAGAUGUUUUAAGUAUAAUGUGACUAUCACCAAAAACUGUGACUGUCACUGCAUAGAGUCCUAGGAGAUCCUCAAAGUAAAGGUGGGGAACUUGGUUUAUCUUGGGAAACCCUAAUUUUGUUAUUGUAUAGUAGGUCCUGGGGGAAUUCUUUCCAUGUUUUUGUAUCUUGAGACAAGUCAGAAAAGGGAGUAGGGAUGUAAAUUUAUUGAAGGUAGAAAAAACAUUAUGCUUUGUAAACUGAGAGCAGACUCACAGUAAACUCAAGGGUAAAGGAGAGGGGUCUUUUGUAUCUAAAAUUCCUGCAUUGAAUCCAAAAUUCCUUUAUUGACUUUUCCAUCAUACGAAUAAGGCAUUGAGGUAGUUGUCACAUUGUAAUUUACUCAGCACCAGACAGAGAAUGACCUAUUAAAAGAUUUGUUUGGCCUCCUGUCAAGUCUAUUAAAAGACUUGCUUGGUGUCCUGCCAUCCGUAGCAUUUUUUUUUAUUGCAUUCAUGUACAGCACUCAGGAGUCACAUAGUUAUCAUGGAUCUGUGUUCUACACAUAUCCCCUCGGUUUCCAGAAUGUCGAUACACAUCCCCCAAAGUUGUUUGACUUUUUUGCCCCAGCCCUAAUCUCCUAAUUCAGUUUUCCCUGAGAGACAUACUCUGCAUGAUUUUAGAAUGUUGAGGUACUGGAGAUUUCUUUCCUCCUCUUCUUUCUAUCUUUCUGUCUGUCUUUCUUUUGGCUUUUCUUUCUUUUUUUCUGUUUUGGAGGCAAAGCUGGUCUUGAAUUCACCAGGUUUCCCAGAAUGGCCUGUAAUUCACAACAAUCUUCCCAGCCUCCCAAGUGCUAGAAUUGUAGGCAUGCAACACAAUGCCUGGCAGUUUCUUUCUUUUUAUAGCUAUUUUCUGCUGAAAGGAGUUGUAGGCCCUACCUUUUGGUCUGACACAUUCUCUGACUUACUUUGGGACAUUAGGGCUUACCAGCUGGGCUGGAAAGAAUCUAUCUGAGCACAAUGAGAAAAGAGUAACCUAUGUCAGAGCUGCUAAACUGACUGAGGAGGGAAACUCAGUGGAGAGUUAUGGACUGCAGUCUGGAUCAUCAUCUGAAGGUGAAUCUUUUAAAUCUUGACUAGAAAAAUUGGUCUUUUGAUUUCCCAAGGACACUUCAGAUAUAUCUACUUGGUGUCCCUUGCAGUGACUAACAGCAAUCUUUCUGGAAAGAUAGACUAUCUCUAAGAGUAGCAGCAUUUCUUGCUUGUGAUUUUUAGAUGCUUAUUAGUUAGCAAGUCUCUUUCUUUUCCAGAUUGUUACCUGGGCAUGUAGAAGACAUAUUUGGAAUCUGUGUGAACAUUGAGCCACUUGCCUUUUUCUAAUGCCAAUGGCUGAAUAUGGGUCAUGAGCUCUGCUUUUCAGUGGAAUUCCCUGGGGCAAAGGGCGUGGCUUCAGUUGUGGACUGACAAUUGCAUUACCCGGCUUUUGAUGUCCUCCAUUAAUAAAUCUACUUCCAUCAGUGAACCAUAUCUCCACCGGGUCUUGGAGGGACACAUCACUGAUGUGCAGCCUCCUUGCUGAGGUCUGGGAAAUCACUUGUUCACAAGAAUAGUUAACCUCUGAGUCUAUGGGCAUCAGUGAAGUAGGCUUAAGAGUAGUGCAAGUCUUUAUGGUCCCCUUGAGGGUACCUAGAAGCGUGCUCUGAAACUUGGGAAGCUGUGCCUGUGUCAAUCACAAGUGACCUUUUGUUUCAAGAAGAGUCGUGAACCUCAUGGAGAAUCAAGAGUUAUAGUUUUGGUCCCAAAGUUAUUUUGUGGCUUCUUUUGUAGAAGAGCUGCAGCUUCUAUGCCCUCAGGCUAGUAGCCACGCUAUCUAACUUUGUGCCAGCUUUUGGGUCCAGAAAUUCAAAGC